GAUACAAUCCUUCAGUGCGAGACACGAACAGUCGGUCAAUGCGACCGUUCACCAUCAUCACAAAACCAGAAGUACGCAUCUCUUACUUACACCCUGUCUGCAAAUAUAUGUGUAAUUGUACCACAAAGUACAGCUGCUCAGAAAGGAGAUUCAACAUGACGUAAGGGCCUGUGAACCUUGACCUGACCUGCUCCAGCCGGACUCCUCUCUUUAGACGCUAAAGAAACACUCUUCAAACUCCAGGACCAUGUCAACAGGUAAUUACACUCCAGCCCCAGGGGGCCCUUUUUCGGCCUUCACACCCAGCAUGUGGCCCCAGGACAUUUUGGCAAAGUACUGUCAGAAAGACCCCAAUAUGGAAGCAGAACUGCAGUAUGAUGAAUUUGGGUUCCGGAUCGAUAGUGAAGACGGGGUUGAGACAAGUAAAUGGCAGCGUGGUGAGGGAGCUCCUCAGAGAGAGGACCCUCAGCAAAGACUUCGCUGGCAAGCCCAUCUGGAGUUCACGCACAAUCACACUGUAGGAGACCUGACAUGGGACAAGAUCUCUCCCACCCUGGCUCGCUCUGACCGCCUUCGGACCCUUGUGCUGGGGGGCAUACCACACAGCAUGAGACCACAAUUGUGGAUGCGUUUGUCAGGGGCCCUGCAGAAAAAGAGAACAUCCGAAAUUUCCUACAGGGAAAUCGUCAAAAACAGUUCUAAUGAUGACACCACAGCAGCCAAACAGAUAGAAAAGGAUCUUUUGCGGACCAUGCCCACUAAUGCGUGCUUCAGCACCUUGUCGAGUGUGGGGGUGCCCAAGCUCAGGCGGGUCCUGAGAGGGCUGGCGUGGCUGUAUCCAGACAUCGGCUACUGUCAGGGCACAGGCAUGGUGGUGUCCUGUCUGCUGCUGUUUCUGGAGGAGGAGGAUGCUCUGUGGAUGAUGUGUGCUCUGAUAGAGGACCUGCUGCCUCCCUCAUACUUCUCCUCCACGCUGUUGGGAGUUCAGACUGACCAGCGCGUGCUCAGACAGCUCAUAGUGCAGUAUCUGCCGAGUCUAGACCAGCUGCUACAGGAGCAUGACAUUGAGCUUUCUUUAAUCACUCUGCACUGGUUCCUCACUGCCUUUGCCAGUGUGGUGGACAUCCGCAUCCUGCUGCGAAUCUGGGACCUGCUCUUCUACGAGGGCUCAGUGGUGCUCUUCCAGGUUACGCUGGGCAUGCUGAAGAUCAAGGAGGAAGAACUGGUGUCAUCUGAGAACUCGGCAUCCAUCUUUAACACACUCUCAGAUCUGCCCAGUCAAUUAGAGGACGGGGCGGCAGUGCUGGGUGAGGCUGUGCGUCUGGCAGGAUCUCUGUCUCAGGAAAGCCUGGAUGCACACAGACACAAGCAUCUUGCCUACAUCCUGGCAGAGCAGGCCCAGCUCAACUCCGGCAACUCCCAUUCCCUCCACACCAACCUCAACAAGGUGGUCCGCAGACAGAGCCUGCGUAGGAAAUCCACCCUGAGCUCACUUCUCUGGGGGGAGGACGAGGUGGAGGCGCUGAAGGCCAAAAACAUUAAACAGACGGAGCUGGUGGCAGCACUGAGAGAAGCCAUCAGUCGGACCGCAGAGCACUUUCACUGCCUGGAUCCCCGCAACUGCAGCACUGAUUUCACUCCAGACUAUUCUAUGGAGAUCCAGGAAAUGGUUCCAACUGCACUUAUAACCUACAUGCAACUCAUUACACCAACCAGUAUUUCCCACAAACCUUUUGUCCCAUUAGGCUGGUUUCCUGCCAAAUUUGUGGAAGUCUUGGAUGAACGAAGUAAAGAGUACUCUCUGGCUGGAGAUGAUACUGUAACUGAGGCAGUGAAUGACUUGGUCAGAGGCACUUUGUGUCCUGCUCUCAAGGCCAUCUUUCAGCACGGCCUGAAGAAGCCCUCCAUACUGGGAGGACCCUGUCACCCUUGGCUCUUCAUCGAGGAGGCAGCCAGCAGAGAAGUGGAGAGAGACUUCAACUCGGUCUACUCCAGACUGGUGCUCUGCAAGACCUACAGGUUAGAUGAAGAUGGGAAGGUGCUCACACCUGAAGAGCUUCUUUACAGGGCAGUGCAGUCUGUCAACAUGAGCCACGACACUGCACACGUUCAGAUGGACGUCAAGUUUCGCUCGCUCAUCUGUGUGGGCUUAAAUGAGCAGGUGCUGCACCUGUGGCUGGAGGUGUUGUGUUCCAGUAUGAAUGCUGUGGAGAAAUGGUACCAUCCCUGGUCCUUCCUGCGCAGUCCUGGCUGGGUUCAGAUAAAGUGUGAACUCAGAGUUCUCUCAAAGUUUGCCUUCAGUCUAUCCCAAGACUGUGAGCUGCCUACCAAAAAAGAGGAGAAGGAGCAGAGGCCUCUGAAGGAGGGAGUUCAGGACAUGUUGGUGAAACAUCACCUCUUCAGCUGGGACAUUGAUGGCUAAACCAUCACACGCCUCCUGUGAGCUGCAAACACAGACCAAAUCACUCUCCAUCUGCAGAAAACAGGCAUCACACGUGAAAUUCAUGUUCAUUCGUUGUACAGCUUUAUGUCACAUGGCUGCAUUGUUGAGUGUUUGUGUGUCUUGGCACAAUAGUUUCACUUUUUGUGACUCUAAUGUGAGAUUUCACACAGAAUCAGACUAAGGACUACCUGCAAACACUUCCUCUCCUUUGAAGCUAAAUAAAUGUUGCACCAUUUGGGGCACGACUAGAGUGGUCAUGAAAUGAAUGUAGGAUUUGCACCCUUUUGUCCCUUUACUCUUGGUGAUCUCUGGAUAGUGGGAAAGAUGUCAGUCCAGCUCUUAUGCUCCAGAAGGAUUGUCUUGAAGAGCUAAUUCCGUGUCUAAAUGAUCACGUUUGUGUCUAUCAGACAUGUACAAUCAGAGAUAAAACACAUUUUCAUUAUCUUCAGAGGACUUUCCAAUUAUGAUUGUUUCCAAAAUAGCUGAAUAAUACCACCCCACAUCCGUAACAUCCCAUUACAUCCACAGCAAACUAAUGAUGAAACUCAUUCACUACAGUCAGGUCUCUUUCUCUCGUGUGUAGUUCAGACUGUAGCAUUAAAACACUUGAUUGAAUCUGCCUCAACAUGAAGGGCAUCACUGAUGAUUCGGUGUUGUUGGUGUGGCAAUGAAUCAGCUUUGUGUUACAUAUGUUGCUAUUUCUUAUAAACCAUGUAAAGUAUAAAGAAGAGAAUACUAGUAUUUAGCUUUUUUAUUUUAUUUUUUUUGAGAUGUGAAAAAGAAGACGGUCCAGUGCUGCACUGCAGUCUACAUGGAGUCAUAAUGGGCCGCUCUGAAUGAGUGAUGCAGAAGAGCUUUGUGUGUCUUCUCUGCAAGAGCCUGCAGUGGCACAGUUAGAUGGUAGAGUAAGUGAA